UUGAAGACCUCCAGAGAGCCUUUCGUUUUGCUUGAGCUAAACCAUCUCAAUGGGCAGUUACCAAAUUUGGAUCUUUUUAACUCUGUGGUGAGAAUUAUAUCAUUAAAUAAAUUUGGUUGUGGAGUGCGCACUUUUAAAACUGACCCGACCGGUACUCAUGUCCAGGGCGGUGAGGACUGGCAUUUUUUGGUGCCGUUACGCGCGAUGUAUACUCAAGCGUUCGUCGCGAUUGAAGGCCUUCAUAGUGUCAUGGGCAAGUACGGAGUACAGGUAAUCGUGUCGCUUAAUAACGUUCUAGAGCGCUUUCAUCAGAGCUAUUUCCUGUGA